AGCCCGCCCGCACCGGGCUGUUCUCGUGCCCGCCCGCGCGCCGGUCGCCCUCCUUCCUCGCCUCAGAGCCAGCCCGGGCCUUCUGCGAACAUGGCGCUUGUCCCCUGCCAGGUGCUGCGAGUAGCUAUCCUGCUGUCCUACUGCUCUAUCUUGUGCAACUACAAGGCCAUCGAAAUGCCCUCGCAUCAGACCUACGGAGGGAGCUGGAAAUUCCUCACAUUCAUUGAUCUGGUUAUCCAGGCUGUCUUUUUUGGAAUCUGUGUACUGACCGACCUUUCCAGUCUUCUGACGAGAGGGAGUGGGAACCAAGAGCAAGAAAGGCAGCUCAGGAAGCUCAUCUCUCUCCGGGACUGGAUGCUGGCCGUACUGGCCUUCCCUGUUGGGAUUUUUGUGGUAUCGAUGUUCUGGAUCAUUUAUGCCUACGACAGAGAGAUGAUUUACCCGAAGUUGCUUGAUAAUUUUAUUCCAGGGUGGCUGAAUCAUGGAAUGCACACAACGGUUUUGCCCUUUAUAUUAAUCGAGAUGAGGACAUCGCACCAUCAGUAUCCCAGCAGGAGCAGCGGCCUCCUCGCCAUAUGUACCUUCUCUGUUGGCUAUAUAUUAUGGGUGUGUUGGGUGCAUCAUGUAACCGGGAUGUGGGUGUACCCUUUCCUGGAACACAUUGGCCCAGGGGCCAGAAUCAUCUUCUUUGGGUCUACAACCAUCUUAAUGAACUUUUUGUACCUGCUGGGAGAAGUUCUGAACAACUACAUCUGGGAUACACAGAAAAGUAUGGAAGAAGAGAAAGAGAAGCCUAAACUGGAAUGAGAUCUAAGCCUAAAUGGAAGAACUGGAGUGAGCCACCAAUGAAGACUUGUUUACCCCUUGGCAUUGGCAGUGCCAGAGAGAAGCUUUAAAGAAAGCAGCAGCAGCAGCUUCCACCUCCCUAGCUCUGCCCCAAAGGAAGGAAUAUGAAUAUAUAUAUGAAAAAAUAUACAUAACUUUAUGUCAAUUGUUUCCAAAAUAAUUUGCCCUCAUAUUUUAAAGAAUUCUCUCCAAAUUUAUUAUUAACAGUAACUUUUCUUCUCUCUUUCUUUUUCUCUUCCUUUUCUGGUUUUUAAAACUAAAAUUGAUCCUUGGUUUUUAAAUUUUGCAAUUGUAAUUCCAUUUAAUCAAGGAAGAAUAAAAUUCUACUGCGUUUCUUGUUCAGAAAUUCAUUAGAAUCAAAGAGACAGAUGUAGAUCAAGACAUUAAUAUAUUUAGUCUAAAAGAUGGUUUUAAUAAUGAACCUGAGCCACAGUGUAAGCUUGAGCAGAAAUAUGAUUGAUUUUCCUAUUGGAAUAAAGUCAUAGUUGCCUCAAACAGGCAAUGUUAAUAAUAAUUACACCAGUUUCGUCAAAACUCUGUAUUUGGAUCUCAUGAUUUAAUCUUGUAAAACUUUUCCUAUAUUCAAACUACAACUUUAAUAAAGACAAACCAACCCCUAA